UGCCGCCGAGGACUGCGAUGGCGAGUUUGGAUGGUAGGAAGCUGCGGCUUGCAUUGCUAUGGUUAUGUGCCGGUUUUCGACAUGCAACGCUCCAGCCUCCGGGGGCGCUGGUAAAUGAUCAGUAUUGGGGGGCGGAGAUGAGCAGGACUAGGGUCUCGCUUUGUAUGUGAUGGCUCGAAGAAUAUUUCCCCUCUUUCUGCUGCCCGGACUCCUCCGUGAGACGCUUCUAGGUAUGUACAUAGCCGCACUGCUCCGCCGGCAAAACCUCGAUCCGAUAUCUUCCUUCGUUUCGAGAUCCCCGCCAGGCCCGCGCUUUCAUUCCCAUGUCUCUACUGACCGAAUGCGCACCGAGCCCGUAACUACCAGUAUGUCGUUUUCGUCGGCGGGAUAUGUCUAUGUAGUAGCGUCUCAUCCUAGCCUGCGUGAAUUGCCAGCGGCCCGACGUCGAUCUCCGGUGCACACCUAUUAUAGUGCCCGGAGGGUCUCCGGCAAUGGCAAUGGGCGAGGACUCGGGUUGGGCAUUGAAAUUCGUCUGAAGGAUCAAUCGAUACGGAUGGACGAGAAUGAGCCUGGCUGGCAACGUUGACGUGCCGCGGCAGCCUACCGUUGAAUGAAGCUGGAUAAAUGUCCGAGUUUAGUGGCGAUCCACGUACGGCAAGACUGGAUGUUCGCAACUGCCUGUGUCUAGAGUAUUUCCCCACACAGGAUACGGUAUAGCGACUGUUAUCG